AUGGCAUCAAGCAGCUUGUGGGGCGCCCUGGCGGCAAACGUCGCCAGCUAUGGCAAGGACCUAACGCAAGACAUUCGGGACAUCGUGAGCGGAGCAGACGACGAGCACAUAGUUGAGAAGAAUGAGAGUGUGGAAGUUACUGGACAAGACGAGGACCUGAGUGCAUACAUCGAAGACUUGGAACGGUCGUUGAUUCGGAAGAAACAGGAAUCGGAAGCUGCGUACAAAAUGAUUGAAGAGCUGGAGGUGCGAUUGUCUGAACGACGGGAGACUGCCAAGUUGCUCGUGGACGACACAGCUGUCAGCGAGGCUCAACGGCAACUCCAAGCAGUGCUAUCUCAGCAAAAACAGGACAAAGCUCGUCACGCGAUUGAAAUGCAUGAUGCACUUGCUUCCUUUGACGCUAAGCUGGCGGCGGCGACUCAAGAAGCGCACCGAUGGCGCGUCGAGUCCGAACGGCUGCGCGCCAGUUCCACUCUCAAAGUUGCCGAAGACACAACGCCAAACGACUUGCCGUCGUCUGAAUCUACAAGGGCCAGCGUUGAGACACAUCCUGAUGUUGUGGACGCCGCCGCCUUGUUGGCAAGCGUCCUGCACGCCGACGACCUCAUCGAGGACGGUCCUCGCAAAUUGACCCAUUAUGCGUCAUUGGUGUCGUCUCGGCUGGUGGCGGCCGAAGUCGAUGCGAAAGCGCUGCAGAACGCUUUGACGACAUUUCUCGUGGCCCAAGGCGACAGUGUGGACCAACCUGUGUCGUUGGCAGAGUGCAAACUCAAAUUGGACCAGAUUGGUAUCGCCCGGCGCAUGGAGCAACAGCGCUUGGCCGAGCUCGACCAUGCAACAUCCCAGUUCCAGCGUGACUUGACAGAGGUCACAGCGAAACUGCAGGCCUUGGAGCAGCGCCAUAAAAAGGAGAGCCAAGAUCAAGAAGACAAAUACCGCCACUUACACGACAAACUCGCUCAAAGCCAAGCGAAUGCAAACCACCUUUCGACCGAGUUGGAAGCGACAACGUGCGAGUUGCAAGAGCUGCAAGCAACUGUGGCGAUGCAAAGAGACACGGACGACUUGGUUGAGCGCAACAUGGAGCUCGAGCGCAUGCUGUACACGGUGAAGGACGAAUUGGCGCAAGUGAAAUCGCAGCUUACACUCGAACGAGCACAGUGGGUGCAGCACGAACGGGCCAACACCAGUGCGAUCUCGGAGGCGCAGUGGUUUGAGCUCAAGUCGAAUUUGGCACUCGUCGAAGCCGACAAAAACGUAGCUGAGCAGGACGCUGAGCGACUGCAAACGGAGCUUCUCAACUUACACGCGGUGUUGACGCAAUUUCAAUCUAGUCGGGAGGCUGAGGAAAUGCAAUGGCGCGCCAAGGAAGCAACAUGGACGUCGAAAUGCGACACGUUGGAAGCGGAGGUGGCAGCGGCGCGGAUGCGGCAGACAUCAAUUGAAGACGUGGACGUCCUCAUGCAGUCGAUGGCCAAGAAGGACUUGGAAAUCGAGCGUCUUCGCAACGUACGUUUUCAGGAUGCGAAUGAUGCAAGAGGGUCACAGCUUGUCAUGACUAGGCGCUAG